AGGCGGCCAUUGGCUGGGAACGACGCCAGUCAAGGGGAGGGCGGGACACGGUCCGGCCGCGGAAGGUACUGGAAGGUGGGCGGCGGCGGCCAUUUUGAGGGUCGAAGGCAGAGCCAGCGGAGAGCCGUUAUUGUCCCCUCGCAGGCAUGGCCCACGCUUUGCUUGGCAACGUGUGCAUCGUGACCGGAGCCUCCCGGGGCAUUGGCAAGGGCAUCGCACUGCAGCUGUCGGGGGCUGGAGCUACCGUCUACAUCACUGGGCGCAACAUGGACACGCUGCAGGCGACGGCAAAGGAGGUGGAGGGACGGGGAGGUCGAUGUAUCCCCGUGGUGUGUGACUCCUCCAGUGAGGAGCAGGUCCGCUCGCUCUUCAGUCAGGUCAAGCAGGCGCACGGUGGGCGGCUGGACAUUCUGGUCAACAACGCGUACGGAGGGGUUCAGGCAAUACUGAACAGCCAGGGUAAAAAGUUCUGGGAGACGCCGGCCUCUAUCUGGGACGACAUCAACAACGUCGGGCUGCGGGGCCACUACAUCUGCUCGGUGUACGCGGCACAGAUGAUGGUGGAGGCCAAGCGGGGACUGAUUGUCAUCAUCUCCUCGAUGGGGGGCCUGCGCUACCUCUUCAAUGUGGCAUACGGAGUUGGCAAGGCCGCAUGUGACCGGAUGGCAGCAGACUGUGCUGAGGAGUUGCGGAGACAUGGUGUGUCGUACGUUUCCCUGUGGCCCGGGGCGGUGCGCACCGAGACCAUCAACAAUUUGAUCAUCAACAGGCCUGCCAAAACCAAAGCAGAGCAGAAGGUGGUGGAAAUGUUUUCCAGCGGUGAGAGUCCUGAGAUGAGUGGCAAGUGCAUCGUGGCUUUGGCGACAGAUAAGGACCUGUUGAAGAGGUCGGGCAAGGUGCAGAUGACCUGCGACCUGGCAGCUCAGUACGGACUGCAGGACGUGGACGGCCGAGCCCUGGUGAACUAUCGAUCUCUGAAGUUCCUCUUGCAACAGGUGCCGGGACUGUCCUGGCUGGCCACCCUCAUCCCUGGCUUCAUCAAGGUCCCCAAGUGGGUUCUCGCAUUGGCCGGCAAUAAAUUCUAAAUCCUCCCCACCCCCUCGCCAUCUUCAUUUCCCCCCCCCGGCCUGUUCCUUCCCUCACUCCCUCCCUCCCUCACCAGAAUCGCAGCCAACCCCCCUCUGUCUGACCAAGGUGGUGUGGCUUUUAACCUCGGGCAAUCUGGUUGGACGACCAUGUCUUGGCGCCAUCCUGGCAGUCUCUGCAGUUGGGGAUGGGUGGGGUGCGAAUUGGAGAGGUGGCUCAGUCAGGUGGGUACCUGAGAAAAUGUGACAUUAACCGCCCUACACCCACGCUCCCCCCGUUGAGGUAGAUAAUAACGCCUUCACCUCAAGAGGACAGAAGAACGACCCGCACUCCUUCCCGCCCAACUUUGGGUCUUCCAGGGGAACGACGGUUUGCUACGGUGUCCUUCGUUUAAACACCAGCCCAACCACCUGACCAAAGAGAGGUGCAGACAGUGAGAGGCAGAGAAGAGAGUUUGCCGUGGUAAAAUGUUUCUGUUUCUAUGCAAGUGAUCAUCCUCGCAAAUCAAACAUCACAGCAAAGUCCCUGCAGUGUGGAAACAGACCUUUCAGUCCAUCUAUUCCACACAAAACCUCAGGAGAGCAUCCCACCCAGACUACCUCCCUAACACUGGCCCUGCAACCCUGCAUUUCCCAUGGCUCACGCACCCAUCCAUAAGCGCAACUGAGCACUAUGGGUAAUUUAGCCCGGCCCUUCCACCCUAACCUGUACAUCCCUGGGCACUAAGGGUGGAUGGGCCGGGCUAAAUUACCCAAAGCUGCACGUCCCUGAGCAUGGCCAAUUCACCCUAAGCGCACAUCCCUGGGCACUAUGGGUAAUUUAGCACGGCCAAUCUACUCUAACCUGCACAUCCCUGGGAACUAUGGGUAAUUUAGCACAGCCAAUCCACCCUAAACUGCACAUCCCUGGGCACUAUGGGUAAUUUAGCACGGCCAAUCCACCCUAAACUGCACAUCCCUGGGCACUAUGGGUAAUUUAGCACGGCCAAUCCACCCUAAACUGCACAUCCCUGGGAACUAUGGGUAAUUUAGCACAGCCAAUCCACCCUAAACUGCACAUCCCUGGGCACUAUGGGUAAUUUAGCACGGCCAAUCUACUCUAACCUGCACAUCCCUGGGAACUAUGGGUAAUUUAGCACAGCCAAUCCACCCUAAACUGCACAUCCCUGGGCACUAUGGGUAAUUUAGCACGGCCAAUCCACCCUAAACUGCACAUCCCUGGGCACUAUGGGUAAUUUAGCACGGCCAAUCCACCCUAACCUGUACAUCCCUGGGCACUAUGGGUAAUUUAGCACGGCCAAUCCACCCUAACCUGUACAUCCCUGGGCACUAUGGGUAAUUUAGCACGGCCAAUCCACCCUAACCUGCACAUCCCUGGGCACUAUGGGUAAUUUAACACGGCCAAUCCACCCUAACCUGUACAUCCCUGGGCACUAUGGGUAAUUUAGCACGGCCAAUCUACUCUAACCUGCACAUCUUUGGAUUGUGGGAGGAAACCCACACGGACACGGAGAGAGAGCACACAAACUACACACAGACAGUUGCCCCGAGGCAGGACCACUGCUCCUGCACUGUCCCCUGGUCAUAUUCUCUGGGUUGGGGGGCAGUGACCCCGCUGCCAUUCCCUCAGCUGUCUGAUGUGCAGGUUAGGGUGACAUCUCCCUCUACCUGGCCACAAUCACCUUAAAAUGAUGCCCACCCCUCCCCCCACCUGCUCACUGCCAAAGCUGAUAGCUGGAGCCUCUCGCUGACUGGGAAUCUCUGUUCGGGCCAUGGACGUGUGUCCGGCACCAACGUCCGCAGGAAUGUCUUCGUCUCAUCGAUAGAAGCAAGCACAAAGCGGCCCAAGCCACGACGCUGCCUGAGGGCGCUCUGGAAGGAGGUGGGUCGGCCGACAUGUUCACACAGGGAUCACGGAAGCUGCAGGAGGGCGAGGCUGACCGAACCGCAGCCUCCAGAGAGCCAGUGCUGGGCCGAAUGGCCUCCUCCCCUACUGUAACCUUAGCACGGUGCAGCCCAGUACAGGCCCUUCGGCCCACGAUGUUGUGCUGACCUUUUAUCCAGACUAACCUACGUUUAACUAUCACCCAUGUGCCUGUCCAAGAGUCGCUCAAAUGUGCCUCAUGUCUCUGCAGGGCAUCCCAUGCACCCUCCACACUCUGUUCUGCAAUUCUGUCUGUCUGUUGACUCAGUGGGAGUCACUCUCACCCCCGCCCCCCUCGGGGUUGGAGGAUUGUGAGUUCAAACCCGGGCCCUGUGGCCCCCAACUCUGAGAUCCCAGUAAUCUGUCCAAGGAGUGGCCCAUCAAGUGAGACGGCAAACCCCUCCCCCCCAGCCCUGGCGCUAAGGCUGAAGGACCUUCCACUGGGACGACGCCUGAAGGUACAAAGGUGAUCUGGGCUUUACUAUCUCACUUGUGGGAUCGCGCUGUGCCCGAUCAGCUGUCACCCUUUGUUCUUUACCAACCGCAGCUGCGCAUUUUCUUCUAAAGCACUCGCUUGGCUAUGCCACUCUGUCAGCCUUUAUCACUGGGUUCCAAGGGUUAGGGUUAUGAGGAGGGAUUACACACAACAGGGUUGUUCCCUGGAAAUGAGAAGGUUAAGGUUCAGUGUGGUCAAAGUUUGCGAGAUAAUAAGGGGAACUGACUGGGCAGAGCGGUAGGAGACAGCAAUCAUUUCCACAGGGAAUCUGGGAUUUCAGCAGGGGCACGAUGUACACAUUAAACCAUUCAUCAGUAAAAUGGGCCGAAAGACCACCUCUGUUCUGCCUC